UUAACUAAAAUUGUAUUCUCCGAAUGAAACUUUGUAAAUGUUUAAUGUUGCUGAACAUAUUAGCAACAUGGCGACACCACACCUACGCAGUCAUGCCGGAAAUGAUGGGGAAAAAUGUAGAUUUCGCUAAUGUGCAACAGUAUGACAGUGCAGCGGCAAUUAGUGCAACUCUAAAUGAAAAUGAUUUCGAACAACUUUUGUCAGAAAAACUGAAAAAUGAAAAUUCUACGGAAAAGCUGUUGUCGCGCAAACGACGUUAUUUAAUAUUUCCCGAGGGUAGCUCCUUUCAGCUGGUGUGGGAUGGUAUUAUUGGCGUUGUAGAUUUUACAAAUUACUUAAUUCUUGGCAUUACUGUGGCUUUGGCUUGGGAAUUACCAAGUAAACCACCCAGCGAAGUAUUAUCGGACAUAGAACAGCGGCUUGCAGAUGGUACACUAGGCAUAAGCCGAAAUGAUACCAUAACAAAUAUUACAUACGUGGAUACAAUAUCUACAAAACAAGGAACGCAGUAUAUAAACAUAGGACAAAAUAACAAUAUUAAAAAUGGAAAAGAUUCAAGUAUAUAUUAUACAAAUUAUAGAGCACCAUCAGUUUUUCGAACACCAAUGCACCAGAAAUAUUACUUUUACCGACCCAAGGAUAGUUACUACAGCAAUAAACCAUACUAUAGACCACUUACAAAAACAAAUGCUUAUACAAAUAACCAACAAAAGUAUGGCUGGCGACGAAAGGAUAGCUACUAUUACACACCAAAACCAAAUCCUUUUACAAAAUGGACUAAAACAUAUCAAAAUCAAGGUAGUACCGCGCAAAGUAGUGCUGUGAAAUAUCCUUGGUGGUAUUUACCUACUAGAUUGUCAAAUUCAAGACGUAAAAAUUCGUAUACAAACUCAAUACCUGCCACUUCAGCAACAUCCAAGAGCUAUUAUAAAACUAAAAAUGCUAAGAUACAAGCAAGAAAUCAAAAGCAAAAUUUUUUGCAAUUCGAUUCCAAAGCUCGUAGUCAGCAAAGGUAUUCGCAUAGACAAGCCAGAAAACAUCGCAUUUUUCCGAUUUUCGGAAAGCGUAGCGUAUCUGAUGACCGCAAUUCAUAUGCUGCCAGUGACAGCAGUACAUCCUCUGCCACUCACAACACUAAGCACAACACACGUCAGCAUAAUCGCAAGCGACGUCGCAGCGGUAUUGCAGGAUCUGAACUAAGCAAAUUGGAUCAAAUACACAUCCGACAUCAUCGAACUACAAGACACACACUUUACGAGAAAAUAGAAAAAUAUCUGGAUAAGCUUAAAUUAAAUGGCCACCAUUGCGUUCUUAGAGCCUUAUGUGAAACAGGUCAAAAAUCUCGUGAGAAAGUACCAGGUACAUUCAUAGGAGAAUUAAUGCGAGCCGUUUUUACAAUGCCUGAAGCUUUAGAUGAGGAUCUGCAAAAACAUCGUGUACCGUAUAUAGCGCAACGCUACGAUGAAGCCAAUUCUUUUGAAGGAAGUUGUAUGGAACGUUACGAACUGUGUACAAACUCUUUAUGGCAAUCACAUUUUGUAGCAUAA